AUGGAUCUUGAUGAGUGGGAACUCCUCCCUGAUGAUGGGUUUCUUGAAAUCCAUGAUGAUGAUGGUAAGAAAAUUUUCUCGAGAAAAUAUAGCACUGAUACAAACAGUGCUUUCAAGAUGAAUUACUUUCUAUGCCCAUCUCCAAAAUCUCAGCAAAUCGUCGGUUCGCCGGGGAAUUCAAAAUUGCCAAAUCAAGUUGUUCCGGUCCCAAUUCAAUUGGAACCACCCACAAUUGGCAAGGACCCCCCAGUUCAUGAACUGGUGAAAGAAAUCAGUACAAUCCCAUUUGAUAUUGGUGAUGGCGCGAUGCCAUCACCGAUAUCUGGGAAGAUCAAAGCUCCUCCGAUUAUUGGAGCUGUAGAAGCCGAUCAAGACCCGGUUUCGCAAGUUUUCUUCAAGAAAAUGAAGGAAACUGAAUUUGUCGACAUGAAAAUGGACUCACCAAAGUCCAGUAGUAGGGGAAUUGUACCUCAAAUGGAUGCGGGUACUUUUCAAUUUGAGGAUAAGGGUGAGGGCUGCAAGGGAGAGGCCUUUGAGAAUAAGAACUGUUCAGCAAAAAAUAAGGGUGAGAAAGAGGUGUUGACCAAGAAGAACAACUUGGAUUCAGAGAUCAAAGAAGAGGUCACUUGGGAAGAAGGUAAUGGAGGUUUGAACAUAUGGAAAUGGAGUCUAAGUGGUAUUGGUGCUAUUUGUUCCUUCGGUGUUGCUGCUGCUACCAUUUGCAUUAUCAUUGUUGGAAGUCACCAGAGAAAACCAAAACCUCAACAGAAUCAGAAGCUUCAGUUACAAAUCUAUAGCAAUGACAAGAGAAUCAAGCAAGUGGUUCAUCAUGCAACUAAAUUGAAUGAAGCAAUUUCAGCUGUGAGAGGAGAUCAACUGACCAGAGCUCAUAUUACAUUUGGUGGUUAUUAUAAUGGUCUCUAG